AUGAAGAUUCAAGAAGUCAUCCAACAUCAGGGAGGGGAUGAUAGAUGUCAUGCCAAUGAGCAGGAAGAGGACUGGAAUGAAGCAGUAGAGGAUGAUGAAAACCUGCUUGACAGAGGAAUAAGAUCUGGUGAUGAAAGCAUCCCUGUCUACAGCUACUUCAAUGCGGAUGAAGAGUUUAGGAAAGAGCACUUUGAACUAAAGGUUGAUCAUAAAUUUACUAGCUUCUAUAAGUUUAGAGAGGCUUUGGUGGAAUGGGAAAUUAGAGAAGGAUAUGAGCACAACUACAUCAGAAAUGAAGGCUCUCGAAUCACAGCUAAAUGUGCAAAGGGGUGCAGUUGGAGGAUUCAUCUGAGUAAUAAAUUUCAAGCUAAAGUGAGGGAUGAUCCUGGAUAUAGUAUUCCUGGCAUAGUGAAUGAGACAAGAAGAUUAUUUAUGCUAGAUAUUAGUCAAAAAAUAGCUGCCAGAACAAAGCAAAAAGCAUUAGAGGCACUUAGGGGCAAUGACAUGGAGCAAUACCACAGACUUUGGGAUUAUGUACCUACUGUUAAAAAUUCAAAUCCUGAUAGUCAUAUUUCAUUGCAAAUUGAUAGGCGAAAUGUUGAGGAAAGAGCUAUAUUUCAGAGGAUAUAUUAUGGUUUAGGUGCUUUGAAAAAUGGUUUCCUAAAAGGAUAUAGACCUAUCAUAGGACUAGAUGGCUGCUUCCUUAAGAGUCCCUUUGGAGGUCAGCUGCUUACAGUCUUGGGUAGGGAUGCCAAUGAAAAUAUGUUCCCUAUUUCCUUUGCUGUUGUUGAGGUAGAGAAUUAUGAUAGUUGGAGUUGGUUUUUGCAGGAAUUAAUCAGACAAAUUGGAAGAGGAAACAAAGGAGUGGCUUACACUUUCAUUUCAGAUAGGCAAAAGGGUCUUGUCCAUGCAAUUGAAGAAUUGUUUCUUGAAUCAAAGCACAGAUUCUGUUUGAAACAUAUGUUCGAGAACUUCAAACAAAGAUUCAAGAAUCAAAACCUUAGAAACAUGUUUUGGGAAGUUGCUGCAACAACAAGCAUGCCAGAGCAUGAAACUGCCAUAGCAAAUCUUGCGAGGGCUGACCCAUAG